AUGUCUAUAGCAACGAAGGCCAAGAAGGCCGCGGAUCUGUUCGAGCAAUGGCGAGAAAGAUCUCUACUCUUGUCCACAGAGUUGGAGUACGCUGAAAACCAACUUUUCCGGUUCAAUCUGUGGACAUCCAACAACUAUAUCUUCGAAUCCCCUCGUGCAUCGAUGGAUUGGAGGUUGCGAAAUGCUCCUUUGCUACAGUCGGCCAUGAAUGACCUCUUGGAAGAUCUCAUUUUGAACCUGAUCGGUCAGUCUAUAUCACCUUUCACGCAGUCAUUUAUGCUCAUAAACUCCCAAGAAUCGCAAAAUACACCUCGCCAAACCGAAGAGCUCUUGACCGGAAAUCCAACCGCAGCGCCAAACGUCGAAGACACGCUCGACCAGCUAUUCCGUUUUUCUCGAGCCGUUCGUCGCUCGGGCAUGCUUCACCGACUUGUGAAGAUUGCGAAUCAUACUGAAUAUGGGCCUGAUGGGGUAAAUCUCACCUCGAAGUUUCAUAUGGCGACUAGCAGAAUCAUUGAUCACUACUUGAAAGGAUGCAAUGCUAGUCAGGAGCUUCGUGAGCGCUUGGUGGACACUAUAUGCCUACGGCAAAGAAAUUUCUCAUACCUCAAAUCCCAGAAAAAAACACGUUCCGUGCCAAUGCAAGUCUCUGAACAACUGCCAUCUGGCGCAAGAUCCACCUUCGCACCCAGCUUCAGUGUCAUGACGCCCGUGACAAGGACAGGGCACAAAGAGAAAUCUAUCCAAUUUAAACCCCGUCUAGAUCUGCGGCGCUCAUUGUUGACGGCGACAACAGCACAAAUUGAUCAUGUCCCACUGGAUCGCUCAAUUCAGUCGUCAAUAGCUGCUCCACAGCCCGAUGUUUCAGAUGAAGACCCGGAGCUUCCACGGCCGCCUGUUGUCCCCUUUGGUCGCAAAGAGUGGGAGUGUCCUUACUGCUUAGUGGUUUGUCCCGUCAAAGAAUUUCGACCCGAAAACUGGAGGUAA